CUUUGACCCAACCCGGAAGUGAAUCAAUUUUGACGUGUCAAAUCGAACAUGUCCGUCUGAAGCCUUGGGAAAUCGUCCCUUUCUCGGUUUUCAGCGAUUUUUAACGAAAACAAAGGCAAUUUUAAGGAUCACCAUGGGGGUUGGUAGCAGUAGCAUGACGGAGCUCGCCAACAACGACUAUCUGCUGAGACUGGCGGGGAAGGAGCCGAUCUCCGAUAACGACCCGUUCUGGAACCAGCUGCUGUCCUUCUCCCUCCCCACCCCCCUCAGUACCCCCGAGGCCAGGCAGCUAGAGGAUGCCACAAAACCUAUAUGUAAAGCACUAGCUGGAAUUUGGACGAUUCUGACGUUAGGUAUAGGAGGGGGUGGGCACCCGGAGGAUGGAAUAGCCAACACCCCAGCGUUAGCCAAUCAGAGCAUGUUGCUGCUGUUAGUUUUAGCCAAUCACUGUGGGAAUGACAAGGACACCAGAAACCCUUACAGAGAAGCACUCAUCUCAUUUGUAAAUAUUCCAGAGACCAGUACUGAAGCCCAGAUUGACGCGUCCUUCAACAUCAAGUUUGCCAGCUUGUAUAACGCCAUCUGUGGCCAGCUGAACAACGACUCUACUAUCCUCCUGUUGUACAUACUCUUACAUAGGAACCAACACUUCAAGACUUUUGUCUUGUCAAGAUUAAACAUAGAAGCCUUGGUAUUACCCAUCCUCCAAACCCUGUACCACGUAGCAGACAGAAGUUCCCACCACAUCUACAUGGCUCUUAUCAUCAUCCUCAUCCUCAGUGAAGACGACGCUUUCAGCAAGUCCGUACACGAAAUAAUCCUGAAGUCAGUACCCUGGUACACGGAGAGAACGCUCCACAAAAUCAGCCUGGGAGGUCUGCUGAUACUGGUGGUCAUCAGGACAAUACAGUUCAACAUUACAAGGAUGAGGGAUAAGUACCUCCACACCAACUGUCUGGCAGCUCUGGCCAACAUGUCUGCUCACUUCCACUCCCUACACCAGUAUGUUGCACAGAGAAUUAUCAGUUUGUUUGAGCUUCUGUGUAAGAAACACAGUAAAUUCCUGGAGCUGGUGACCUCACCUGACCCCACAGUUAAACACUUACAGGACUAUACCCAGGACCUGGCCAUACUUGAGGAGGUUAUCCGGAUGGUGCUGGAGAUCAUCAACUCGUGCCUGACGACCUCUCUGCACCACAACCCCCACCUGGUGUACGCCCUGCUGCACAAGAGACACCUGUUCGAACAGUUCCGCACACACCACACCUUCCAGGACAUCAUUCAGAACAUUGACACAGUGAUCACUUACUUCAACUCUAAGAUGGAGCAGUGUCCCACACGACCUUCAGAACCACACGAAGUCUUAGAGGUCAUCGAGCUGGGCGCCAGGCAGUGGCCGAGAGACAGACUAAAGAAAUUCCCGGAGCUGAGGUUCAAGUAUGUAGAAGAGGAGCAGCCGGAAGAGUUCUUCAUUCCGUACGUUUGGUCGCUCGUCUUCCAGAAGUCCCGCCUGCACUGGGACCCCAACUCUGUACAGCUGUUUGUACCUGACGCUCAGUGACAAGGGGCAAAGGUCAAAGGAAGAUGUCAAAGUUCAUGUACAAGGAAGAUGUCAAAGUUCAUAUACAAAAUGUUACAGGUCAACAAAUCUAUACGAUCAUUAUUACGAUGUCAUUUACCCACGGAGUUGAUUUCAACAUUAGACAAGCAAGGUCAAAGAGCAACGGUCAUUCAUAGGUCAAAGUUCAGACACCAAAGGUCACAGGUAAACUUGUCCUGAAAACUUGCAAGCAAACUACAAUAUCAUUAACCAUCAAGUUGACAUAGAA